UGCCCUACAGCAUGAUUCAAUGUUGAAUUAGUGGUACGUGACGCAUAUGUCAGCUCAUUCAGUCAGUCAGUCAGUUAGCCAGUCAGUCAGUCAGGCAUCAGCCAUGCAAUCACCUAAUCUGUGACUUCAGCAAAUAUAGUUUUGUCCUAGGUUGGAAAACAACUUUCCUAACUUUUCAUCCACUGAACUGUCUGCUCAAUUACUAAAUUGCCAUAGAUAUGUGAUUGUGUAACUCAUGGCAAUAUAUGUCAAUGUACUGUUCAUUUGAGGAGACAAAACCCAAACAAUCUUAAACUAGGCUGUCCCUGCUACGCUGGGUUUGGACAUUCAUAGUGUUCUGCUAACAACAAAUCUAAACAUUUUAUUGGCAGUAAAAACCCCAGCCAGUAUUUCACAGAGUUGACAUGCUUUAUCAACUGAUAAAAUGUAUUUUGAAAGCCUUUUAUUUGUAAGUAGUUUUCACAAAGUGCUUAUUCAGAGUGUUUUUUUACACUAACAGUUUUAUUUAAAUGACCAAGACGUGUUGACAGAUUUGCCUCUCUUUAGUUUUUUUGUAGUGAACCCAAUGCAACACCAAACUUCUAAAGACCAUAGCUGUCCUCUAUUAAAGAGGCAUUACAGCAUAGCACAACUACUUAAUGUUACCAAAUAUACAUGUGUCAUAAAAACACAAGAUCUCCUCAACACAACUUUGAGUGAGAUAAUUAACAUUUCAUAGUCAAAUCUACUUCAUCUGUAUUGGUCUGUUCAUAAAAUACCACAAGUUCCAGAAUUCAUAGCGAACUUAGAUAUUGCGUUCCUAAGCAAUCUGAGAAAACAGUGAUUCAUUUUAGAAGACAAAAAAGACACUCUUUAAACUACAGUUAUUUUUGAAACACCGCUGUUGAUCAAGCCCAUGUGGUGUUCUGUGCCUGUAUAGUAAUUACAAGCCAACAGCACAUCAUAUACUAUACCAACAAUUAACACAUUUACCAGGAGAAAUGCAAACAUCAACACGUUUACCAGUGGAAAUAAGAAUUCACACUUUCUCAACUUUCCUCUAAAUCUGGUCUUUCCAUGUAGUAUGCUUUCAUUUGUUGCAAUAACAGCAAAGUAACCAUGUUUAAAUGGAGUGGCCACUGGACAUUAGAUUGCUAGCAACAGAUCUCAGUAAUGGAUUACCAUAGCCAGGGUUUUCAAUAAGCAAGACUUGUCUUUUAACAAGACAACAACUAUUGAGAUCUGUGGCUGGUAAUCUACUGUAAAAUACAUUGCCUACUAUUUUUCAUAUUGCUAGUUCCUGUCAUUCUAAUGAAAACUUAUUUGAGCCUUGCUUAUUGAAAACCAUGGCCAAGGGGAAUUAACUAAUCUACUGCAUUCUACUAUCUAAUUUAUGAAAAAUUGCAAAUGCAUUUACUUGGCUGUUAUUCAAGAUACUGCAUUUAGUACAAACCACGUGGUUAGGUCAACCAGAUUUAGCAGAAAGUCAAGAAAGCAUAAAUUCUCAGCUAUUUCUACUAGCAAAUCUGUGUUAGUGUUGGUUUUUGUGCCAUCUGUAAUCGGAUAUAACAUGAAAGUAUAGCCUGGUCUUUUGCGGUAUGGCUAGCUAACCUAUCCAAAAUAAACAGUAAAAUCACAAUGUGUUAAAAAAAUCUAACCUCACUCCUGGCCAAUCAUGUGUGAAACAAAUCUCACUGCCCUAGAAAUACAAACAAAUACACACCACCUCAGGUCCCCCCGAGGAAAAGUGCUCUACUGCCUCCUAGUGGCCAAACGACACCACUGCUUGAAUAAACCUCAUCUCUUCAUGUGUGAGUAGUGUAAUCUCUAAACACUCUCCAAUCGGCUCACCUCAGUCUCCCUGCUUGGAUUUAGCUCAGAGAGAGGCAGCAGGUUAUAGCCAUGGGACAGAACGGCUGCCGCUUCUCUCUCUACUUUUUCUCCCCCAUCCAGGCAAAUCUUGCCCUGUCGUCCACCUCUCUGCUGUCCUCGCCCAAGAGUCCCAAGGUGAAGCUGCCACCGUCGCCCUUCUGUCCCACCAGCCCUUGCAGUGACCAGAGCCCCCUCAGUCCCCAGAGCCCCACCCUGGGGUCACAGCCGUCCAGCAAGGCAGAGGAGGCGAUCCCGUUCGAGAUGCCAGUGGAGGGCACCACACUGCCCAACUUCAACAAGAGUCGAGCUCGUCUAUCCUUCAAGAGACGUCCGCCCACACGACAGCACCGCAUGUCAUGUGGCGAGGAAGGUGUGGCCUCUGGGCCCGGGGAUGUGUCCCCGGUUGAUACAGACGGCCCCCAAGAGAACGGGGCACACGACCAGGUGUUCACCAACCCAGAUGAGGGCCAGAAGGCCAGGGAGGGGUCCCAGGGGAACCAUCCAUCUCCCCCAGCCGCUCUGACAGACACCGGAGACAACGGUCGGGACAGCAAACAGGCAGAGGAGAGCAAAGCUCCAGGCACUACAGAGGAGAUGGAGGUGGACCCUAUUAACCAGGACGAGGAGGAAGAAGCUGGGGAGCAGAUACAAGGCGAGCCCCAGGCUUUAGACUGUUUGGAGGCCAUAGAAGAGGAGGGUUCAUGUUGCUCUGUUGGAAAAAUAGACAGUAUCCAGAACGAGGAACAGGAGGACCCACUGUCUGAGGAAGAGCAUCUCUGAACCUCCAACAAUGUUUACAAACCACUUACCUGCUCUUUCUGUGAGAAACUUGAUGUCGGACAUUUUACUCAUCUUCAAACCUAGAACCAUAUCUAACAUACAUUUAAAUGUUAACAUCUGUGAAAUUAACCAAAUCUUCUAUGAAAGACCAUUGCUUUGUUAUAUAUCAUAAACCAUUUGCAGUUAUUUUGUGUCUAUGAAAAAAUUAUAAUCUUUGUAAUAAUAUAUAGUCUGUCUCCCUACCCUGGUCACUUCUCUCAUCGUUGGAUGAGCAGCUUGUCAACUAACACUGUGGCACAGUUCUGUCAAAUUUUGGUUCUCUUCAUUCUAUCUUUGAAAAAUGUAACUUGAAAAAUGUAUUUGCUUCCAUGAAGCUAGCUUUUUGGUGACAUUAACACAGCAAUGAUCGUUCAGACAGGAAGCAAGGCAGUACACAACACAAAUUGCAAGAACAAGACAAAAUGGCCACUGGGUUUAAUUGGUCUCUAAGCUUUUUCUGUCAUGACCAAUGGCUGCUGUUUUUUUAAAUAACUUUUCAGUAUAACCUGAAAAGGCUCUAGUUUCUUUAAAUGUGACGCAAGUUGUUGAGUGCACAUUUGGGAUGUACUAUAAAUACACUGGUGUAAGGAGCUUACGGCCAAGCAAAAAAUACGUCUUUCAAUCUUUAACAGCGUGUCUUGUGAAUGUGAAGAAACUCUUAUGUGCCCCCAAAACAACAUUAGAAGUACAAAUGUAUACUUGUCAUUUGUGCCCUACUUUUAUUUUCUGCAGGUGUUUUGAGUUUUAUUUGCUGUUUUGUUUUUUUAGAUAUAUUGUUGAGUAUUUUGUUUGCUUUGUUGAACAGUGACAGUGAGGAAAGAGUUUACGUUUGUGCUGAAAGAGCAGGGAGAAGGAUUCAAACCCAUGUUCAGCAGUCCGUAACGCAGUAGCCUCUAGAAUACCCGAGGCUACAUGUUCUGUCAGUUGUUGAUGUGUAAACAAAUUGUUAGACUACAUUUUGUUUUGCUAUAAAUUACAAUGGAAAUUACAAAGCUACAGUUUUGACUGAGAAGGCUUGUAUUGAACAGUCUGAAUUUUUUGCUCGUGCUAACGGCAUUCAGUCAUGUAAAUAGAUGUUCAAUAAAGCCUAUGAUUUAUAUUUUACAAAUGUUUUUUGUUGAAAGAAGUGAAGAGUAAUCAGCUAAUGUGAGUUAUUUUAUUUAAACUAUUUAAACUAUUAAAACAAAAAUCCUUAGUUCCUACAUUGAUUAUUUUGUUUAAAAAACUAAAUAUCUAAACAAGCACCAAAUAACCAGAAAAUGUUGUAAAAACAUUGUCAGGGUCAUUCCUCCAUGUCUGUCUGUAAAGGUCAGUGGUUACAGUUUACUGCCUCAACCAUCUUUAAACAGAAUCAUAGGCCUGCUUUUUAAACAUACAAUAAAAUGUACAUUUAAGUGCUUAACAUUUUUUGAUUUGCAUGUGGGUAAGAUAAUAAUAAAUGCUAUUUUAAACAUG